AUGGACGUGGACGUGGACAUGGACGUGGACGUGGACGUGGACGUGGACAUGGACGUGGACAUGGACGUGGACAUGGACGUGGACGUGGACAUGGACGUGGACAUGGACGUGGACGUGGACGUGGACAUGGACAUGGACGUGGACGUGGACGUGGACGUGGACAUGGACGUGGACGUGGACGUGUACGUGGACAUGGACGUGGAUGUGGACUUGGACGUGGACGUGGAUAUGGACGUCGACAUGGUCAUGGACGUGGACGUGGACGUGGAUGUGGACUUGGACUUGGACGUGGACGUGGACGUGGACGUGGACAUGGACGUGGACGUGGACGUGGACGUGGACGAGGACGUGGACGUGGACGAAGACGUGGACAUGGACGUGGACGUGGACGUGGACGUGGACAUGGACGUGGACAUGGACGUGGACGUGGACGUGGACGUGGACGUGGACAUGGACGUGGACGUGGACGUGGACGUGGGCAUGGACAUGGACGUGGACGUGGACGUGGACGUGGGCGUGGACAUGGAUGUGGACGUGGACGUGGACUGGGACGUGGACGUGGACAUGGACAUGGACGUGGACGUGGACAUGGACAUGGACGUGGACGUGGACGAGGACGUGGACAUGGUCGUGGACGUGGACAUGGUCGUGGACGUGUACGUGGACGUGGACGUGGACGUGGACAUGGACGUGGACGUGGACGUGGACGUGGACAUGGUCGUGGACGUGGAGACGGUCUUGGACGUGGACAUGGUCGUGGACGUGGACGUGGACGAGGACGUGGACGUGGACGUGGACGUGGACGAGGACGAGGACGUGGACGUAGACGUGGACAUGGACGUGGAUGUGGAUGUGGACGUGGACGUGGACAUGGACGUGGACAUGGACGUGGACGUGGACGUGGACGUGGACGUGGACAUGGACGUGGACGUGGACGAGGACGUGGACGUGGACGUAGACGUGGACAUGGACGUAGGCGUGGACGUGGACGUGGACAUGGACGUGGACAUGGACGUGGACGUGGACGUGGACGUGGACGUGGACGUGGACAUGAACGUGGACGUGGACAUGGACGUGGACGUUGACGUGGAGAUGGACAUGGACGUGGACGUGGACGUGGACGUGGACAUGGAUGUGGACAUGGACAUGGACGUGGACAUGGACGUGGACAUGGACGUGGACAUGGACGUGGACGUGGACGUGGACGUGGACCUGGACAUGGACGUGGACGUGGACGAAGACGUGGACGUGGACAUGGUCGUGGACGUGGAGAUGGUCUUGGACGUGGACAUGGUCGUGGACGUGGACAUGGUCGUGGAUGUGAACGUGGACGUGGACGAAGACGUGGACGUGGACGUGAACGUGGACGUGGACAUGGAUGUGGACGUGGACGUGGACAUGGACGUGGACAUGGUCGUGGACGUGGAUAUGGUUGUGGACGUGGACAUGGUCGUGGACGUGGACGUGGACGUGGACGUGGACAUGGACGUGGCCAUGGACGUGGACGUGGACGUGGACGUGGACGAGGACGUGGACAUGGUCGUGGACGUGGACAUGGUCGUGGACGUGGACGUGGACGUGGAUGUGGACAUGGACGUGGACGUGGACGUGGACAUUGACGUGGACGUGGACGUGGACGUGGACCUGGACGUGGACGUGAACAUGGACGUGGACGUGGAGGACUUGGACGUGGACAUGGACGUGGAUAUGGACGUGGACCUGGAUAAGGACGUGGACAUGGACUUGGACGUGGACAUGGACGUGGAUGACGUGGACGUGGACGUAGACGUGGACAUGGACGUAGACGUGGACGUGGACGUGGACGUGGACAUGGACGUGGACAUGGACGUGGACGUGGAUGUGGACGUGGACGUGGAUGUGGACAUGGACGUGGACGUGGACAUGGACGUGGACGUGGACGUGGACGUGGACAUUGACAUGGACGUGGACGUGGACGUGGACAUAGAUGUGGACAUGGACAUGGACGUGGACAUGGACGUGGACAUGGACGUCGACAUGGACGUGGACGUGGACGUGGACGUGGACCUGGACAUGGACGUGGACGUGGACGUGGACGUGGACAUGGUCGUGGACGUGGAGACGGUCUUGGACGUGGACAUGGUCGUGGACGUGGACAUGGUCGUGGAUGUGAACGUGGACGUGGACGAGGACGUGGACGUGGACGUGAACGUGGACGUGGACAUGGAUGUGGACGUGGACGUGGACAUGGACGUGGACAUGGUCGUGGACGUGGACAUGGUUGUGGACGUGGACAUGGUCGUGGACGUGGACGUGGACAAGGACGUGGACGUGGACGUGGACGUGAACAUGGACAUGGACGUGGACAUGGACGAGGACGUGGACAUGGUCGUGGACGUGGACAUGGUCGUGGACGUGGACGUGGACGUGGAUGUGGACAUGGACGUGGACGUGGACGUGGACGUCGACAUGGACGUGGACGUGGACGUGGACCUGGACGUGGACGUGAACAUGGACGUGGACGUGGAGGACUUGGACGUGGAUGUGGACGUGGACCUGGAUAAGGACGUGGACAUGGACGUGGACGUGGACGUGGAUGUGGACAUGGACGUGGAUGUGGACAUGGACAUGGACAUGGACGUGGACGUGGACGUGGACAUGGACGUGGACGUGGACGUGGACAUGGACGUGGACAUGGACGUGGACAUGGACGUGGACGUGGACAUGGACCUGGACAUGGACGUGGACGUGGACGUGGACGUGGACAUGGACGUGGACGUGGACGUGGACCUGGACGUGGACGUGGACAUGGAAGUGGACAUGGACGUGGACAUGGACGUGGACGUGGACGUGGACUUGGACGUGGACGUGGACGUGGACAUGGACUUGGACGUGGACGUGGACGUGGACAUGGACGUGGACGUGGACAUGGACGUGGACGUGGACAUGGACGUGGACGUGGACGUGGACGUGGACGUGGACAUGGACGUGGACAUGGACGUGGACAUGGACGUGGACGUGGACAUGGACGUGGACAUGGACAUGGACGUGGACAUGGACGUGGACAUGGACGUGGACAUGGACAUGGACGUGGACAUGGACAUAGACGUGGACAUGGACGUAGACGUGUACGUGGACAUGGACAUGGACGUUGACGUGGUCGUGGACGUGGUCGUGGACAUGGACGUGGACGUGGACGUGGACGUAGACGUGGACGUGGACGUGGACAUGGAUGUGGACAUGGAUGUGGACAUGGAUGUGGACAUGGAUGUGGACAUGGACGUGGACGUGGACAUGGAUGUGGACGUAGACGUGGACGUGGACGUGGACGUGGACGUGGACGUGGACGUGGACAUGGUCGUGGACGUGGACGUGGACGUAGACGUGGACGUGGACGUGGACAUGGACGUGGAUGUGGACAUGGACGUGGAUGUGGACGUGGACGUGGACAUGGACAUGGACGUGGACAUGGACAUGGACGUGGACGUGGACAUGGACGUGGACAUGGACGUGGACAUGGACAUGGACGUGGACAUGGACAUGGACGUGGACAUGGACGUGGACGUAGAUGUGGACGUGGACGUUGUCGUGGACGUGGUCGUGGACAUGGACAUGGACGUGGACAUGCACGUGGACGUGGAUGUGGACGUGGACGUGGUCGUGGACAUGGUCGUGGACGUGGAGGUGGUCGUGGACGUGGACGUAGACGUGGACGUGGACGUGGACGUGGAAGUGGACAUGGACGUGGACAUGGACGUGGACAUGGACGUGGACUUGGACGUGGACGUGGACGUGGACAUGGACUUGGACAUGGACGUGGACGUGGACAUGGACGUGGACGUGGACGUGGACGUGGAGGUGGACGUGGACGUGGACGUGGACGUGGACAUGGACGUGGACGUGGACGUGGACGUGGACGUGGAAGUGGACAUGGACGUGGACAUGGACGUGGACGUGGACGUGGACUUGGACGUGGACGUGGACGUGGACAUGGACUUGGACGUGGACGUGGACGUGGACAUGGACGUGGACGUGGACGUGGACGUGGACGUGGACGUGGACAUGGUCGUGGACGUGGACAUGGUUGUGGACGUGGACAUGGUCGUGGACGUGGACGUGGGCAUGGACGUGGACGUGGACGUGGACGUGGACGUGGACAUGGACGUGGACUUGGACGUGGACGUGGACGUGAACUUGGACGUGGACGUGGACGUGGACAUGGACUUGGACGUGGACGUGGACGUGGACAUGGACGUGGACGUGGACGUGGACGUGGACGUGGACGACGUGGACAUGGUCGUGGACGUGGACAUGGUCGUGGACGUGUACGUGGACGUGGACGUGGACGUGGACAUGGACGUGGACGUUGACGUGGACGUGGACGUGGACAUGGACGUGGACGUGGACGUGGACGUGGACCUGGACGUGGACGUGAACAUGGACGUGGACGUGGAGGACUUGGACGUGGACAUGGACGUGGACGUGGACGUGGACGUGGACCUGGACGUGGAUGUGGAUAUGGACGUGGACAUGGACAUGGACGUGGAUAUGGACGUGGACGUGGACAUGGACGUGGACGUGGACAUGGAUGUGGACGUGGACGUGGACGUGGACAUGGACGUGGAUGUGGACUUGGACGUGGACGUGGACAUGGACGUGGACGUGGACUUGGACAUGGACGUGGACAUGGACUGA